AUGAUUUCCGUUGUGCUUUUUGCUCUGCUCUCUACCGUUUGCAAUGGCGUUCUACUUCCAAGACCAAGCGGCCAAUUUCAAGUGUCCAUGAGCAACUCUGAAUUGGUAGACAAAACAAGAAAAGACCCCUGGGGCCUUGACACGAUUGACCACCGCCGUAUCAUGAUCUCGCGAUUCGACCCGGUGCCCCCAAAUUCAUGUUACCGGAAUGAAAAAGUCCCGUACAUGCCUCCCGUUGUUGCAGCAGCCGAAGACAACAUUUUGGCCCCAUACGGCUGGCCCGCCGGAGUUCUAGGAAGCAUAGAAGUGGUCUUCUGCUCCCCAAAAACAUCGCCGCCGAUCAACACAAGGGAAACGCCAGUGGUGGUACUCUCAACUGGCUUAAAUACAACUCGAUUUUACUAUGCCGCGUUCGCUCAGGAAGUGGCUUCUCGCGGUUUCACGGUCAUCUCUAUUGAUCAUCCUUUUGAGACCGACAUUGUGGAAUUCCCAGAUGGAACAAUAGCCUUGGGAGGGAAUACCAACAAGUCAGACGUGGCAUCAAUCGAAUUCUCGCUAAGUACCCGCGUGGACGAUACCUCGUUCUUGCUUAAUGAACUUGGAAUCAAAGGCUCAGGCCGUAACUCCAAAGCGGUCAUGUUUGGGGGUUCAUUUGGCGGGGCUGCAGCUGCUGCUGCGAUGAUGAACGAUACACGGAUCAGAGGUGGUGUAAAUCUCGACGGUGCACUGUGGGGCCCUGUGGUUAAUGUUGGAUUUGACAACCCUGGAACUAAGCAGUCGUUCAUUCUCUGGGGUGCCGAGGGCCACAAUACCACCUCUGCUGACGAUUGGGGGAAGUUCUGGUCUAUGUUGACCAAGCAACGGGUAUGGAAAAAAGAACUGAGUUUGACAGGUGGAGCUCAUGCGGCGUUUUGGGAUUUGCCGUUCAUUGCAGAUGUUGCUGAGGUGCGGGAUAAAAUGCCAGAUGACAUGGAAGAGGCGCUGUUAGGACUGUUUCCUGGCGCAAGAGCGAUCAAAAUCGUAGCGGAUUAUUUGCAUGACUUCUUCCACUUUGUGCUGGAUGAAAAGCCUGAAGAGGGUCUUCUUAGUGGACCGAACCCAGCAUAUCCCGAGGUGCAAUUCCUUGGCUAG